CUUCAUUCUCCUAGAAACAUAUUUAAAUCAACCAACUUCGGUCAGUAAGGCGACAUCGACCGGCCAAACUAACAACGGAUGGCCCCUAUAAUUGAUUAAAAAAAGAAUACGCAAUAAUGGCGUCCCCGAGACCGUCACGCGACUCCCUUUCCUCCGUCUCCACGACGAGUUUAGUAUUCGAACGACUCGGUGAACGCGAAAAGCUAAACGGCGACCUUUCCGACCUAGAAAACGAAGACCCUUUACAUAAUGCCUCCGAUGACGAAGAAGAGAACCUCGUCGGUUCGAGUGCGCAGCGGAAGGCUGUCGGUCCUGAUAAAUCGCUGAAGAGGUUUAUCUUAGUGCUGGCUGGUGUUUUUCUUGCUGCUUGGCUUGUCGGGCUGUUUACUUAUUUAUCGACAAAAUCGUAUCAACAUUCUUCACAAAAAGAACACGAUCCUGCUGCUACGGCGUCCCGUGGUUCCGGUAAGAGGGUUACAUUAGAUCAGGUUAUGCAGGGGUACUGGAGACCCCAAAGUCAUGAAAUUAGUUGGAUCGAGGGUGCGAAUGGAGAAGAUGGGUUGUUACUAGAAAGAGCUGCCACUGGCAAGGAUUAUUUAAUAGUAGAGGAUGUUCGGAGCAAGAAUGCGGACCAUGCUGCGGCUGGAGGGAAGAUCGCUUCAGCGCAGACGCUUAUCAAGCAACCAUGGUUCAAUGUUGGCGGGCGACAGUUGAUACCCGAUCAAGUGUGGCCGAGUCCUAAUCUCAAGAAGGUGUUGAUUGCUACCGAUACCAAGAAUAUUUGGAGAUAUUCUUUCACGGGGAUAUACUGGAUAUUUGACGUGGAAACACAGACUGCCGAACCUCUAAACCCGAAAAAUCCUAAUCUCCGAGUCCAACUUGCGCAAUGGAGCCCUAAGAGCGAUGCGGUUGUUUAUACGAGUGCCAAUAAUUUGUACGUGCGACGGUUGGGAAGUGAUAGUGUCGUUCAGGUCACGAAAGACGGCGGCCCAGAGUACUUCUAUGGUAUUCCGGAUUGGGUAUAUGAAGAGGAGGUGUUUGGUGAUAAUAGUGCGACGUGGUGGUCUGGGAACGGAGACUUUGUCGCUUUCUUGAGAACGAACGAGACCCUGGUGCCAGAGUAUCCGAUCCAAUUUUUCAUUGACAGACCGAGUGGCGACAAGCCUCCUCCUGGCGAGGAUAGCUACCCCGAAGUACAGCAGCUCAAAUACCCUAAGGCGGGCUCGCCAAACCCAUUCGUAGAUCUUCUGUUCUACGAUAUGGCGCGAGGCGAUACGUUUUCAGUUGAGAUUGAAGGAAGCUUUCCUCCCGAGGACCUUUUAAUCACCGAUGUUACCUGGGCCGGGAAUCAGGUUCUGGUUAAGGAGACGAAUCGUGUUAGUGAUAUUAUGCGGGUGAUUCUUAUCGAUGUCACGGCUCGAGCAGGCAAGACGGUCAGGACAGUUGACGUUGGAAAACUCGACGGCGGCUGGUUCGAGAUUUCGCAUGAUACUACUUACAUCCCGGCCGACCCCGCCAACGGCAGACCUCAGGACGGCUACAUUGAUACUAUCAUUUACGAAGAUAGAGAUCACAUGGCCUACUUCAGCCCCUUGGAUACUGACAAGCCUGUCAUGUUGACUUCGGGUAAUUGGGAAGUUGUCGCAGCGCCUUCUGCGGUUGACUUAAAGAAUAAUCUCGCAUAUUACGUCGCUACGACGAUAGCAUCGACCCAACGACAUGUAUAUAGCGUCAAGUUCGACGGGUCGGAGACGAAAGCUUUGACGGAUGCGACUAGAGAGGGUUACUACGAUGUAUCAUUCUCUAGCAAGGCCGGAUACGCCCUUGUCACGUACAAGGGACCGAAUGUGCCGACGCAAAAGGUCAUCAGCACACCGAGCAACACCGAGAAAUACGAGCACGUCAUUGAGGAAAACAAGGAUCUGACAGACAAGGCUAAGAAGCACGAACUGCCACUUCUAGAAUACGGUAUUAUCACCGUUGAUGGCGUUGAUCUCAACUUUGUUGAGCGCCGCCCACCACACUUCGAUCCCAAGAAGCAAUAUCCCGUACUAUUCCAGCAGUACUCCGGGCCUGGUUCGCAAUCUGUGGAUAAGACGUUCGGUGUUGAUUUCCAAUCAUACGUCGCCGGUAACCUAAACUACAUUGUAGUCACGGUCGACGGGCGGGGCACCGGGUUUAUCGGGCGGAAGGCGCGUGUGGUUGUGCGUAAAAACUUAGGAGUCGCGGAAGCACAUGACCAAAUUGCAGCGGCCAAGAUUUGGGCGGCGAAGCCAUACGUAGACGAAUCUCGAAUCGCAAUUUGGGGAUGGUCGUACGGAGGAUUCCAGACGCUCAAGACACUGGAGCAAGACGCCGGUGAAACCUUCAAAUACGGUAUGGCAGUGGCUCCCGUCACUGAUUGGCGAUUCUACGACAGCAUUUAUACCGAGCGGUAUAUGUUAACACCGCAAUCCAACGGGGAAGGGUAUGACAGCAGCGCGGUGACGAACGCGACGGCGCUCGGCCAGAAUGUGCGCUUCUUGAUCAUGCAUGGUGUCGCGGAUGAUAAUGUGCAUAUGCAAAAUACCCUAACAUUGCUCGAUAAGUUGGAUAUGGCUAGCAUUGAGAAUUACGAUUUGCAUAUGUUCCCCGACAGUAAUCAUGGGAUUUACUUCCAUAAUGCGAAUCGCAUUGUAUAUGAUAAAUUGAAUAACUGGCUCAUCAAUGCCUUUAAUGGGGAAUGGUUGAAGGUCACAGACGCAAGACCCACGCCUAAUAAAGCGAAGCGGGAUAUGGAGCUAGUGAGGAAAUCGGGCAUCACGGUGAGCCAUGGACAUAGGCUACCUCUGUCGAGUUUAGCGGGUUAAACGUACAUUAGAUGGCAUGGCAUGGCGUACCGGUGGCAUUGUUCAUUUCCAAUAUGUAGAGUAUCUUGCUUAUGCAGUUGGCAGGCAAUGUGAUAUAUACCAUUUUAUUCAAAUUUCAACUUGUUGUUUUACU